AUGAAGAAGAAAUGUUUAGGGUAUGGAUAUAUUAAUAGUAGUUAUGCUCCUCUAUUCAUUGAUUUCUUCAAUGAUAUUUUUAGAAUGUUUCCAUUGUUAAUCAGUAUUUCUCGGGAUUUUUAUUUGCUUAUGGUGUUUCCAUUGUUUAUCAGUAUUUCUCGGGAUCCUUAUCUGUUUAUGGUUACAUUUGGUACCAUUGUUAUAUGUAAAAGCACCAUUAAAAUCGAAAUCAGAGGAGAUCAGAUAAGUUCGAUUAAGUGCUUGAAAUUUAUCCUUGAACUUAUCAGCUUAUCAGAUAAAUUUCUUGCACAAAUAUCUUGGUUACUAUUGGUAGAGUGGUUCUCAAUCGGUAGUACGCGAGAAUUAAAAUAUGAUCCCGGUGAAUGGCAAGAAAUCCAUGCUGUAAACAAAAAAAAAUCAAAAUGGUCAUUGGUCAAGAAAAAGUUGUGGAAACCAUUGUUGUAG